CGUGCAGCUGUCGCGAUCUAGCUCCUAGUCCUGCUCUUCAAGCUUUCUUCAUCAAAGCCUUUGCCUUACAACAACUCAAUUCCAUAACGAUCGCUUACAUUACACUCGCGCAUAACACGCGACAAUAUGGCUGCUCCUGUGAUGACCGUGUCAGAGUCCAAAGACCUUCGAGGCUUGAACCUGAUCGCAGCACACUCCCACAUUCGAGGCCUUGGUGUGGAUGCGACAACCCUUGAGCCUCGAGCUGCUUCUCAAGGUCUCGUUGGGCAGGAGAAGGCGCGAAAGGCCGCUGCUGUCAUCUUGCAGAUGAUCAAGGAUGGAAAAAUUGCUGGCCGUGCCGUUCUCAUUGCUGGACCUCCUAGCACAGGAAAGACUGCCAUCGCUAUGGGUAUGGCUCAGUCUCUAGGCCCCGAUGUUCCUUUCACAACACUUGCCUCAUCAGAAAUCUUUUCGCUCGAAAUGUCCAAGACCGAAGCCCUCACCCAAGCCUUCCGAAAGUCCAUCGGUGUCCGGAUAAAGGAGGAGAGCGAAAUCAUGGAGGGAGAAGUUGUUGAGAUUCAGAUCGACCGCAGCGUUACUGGGAGCGCAAAGCAGGGAAAGCUAACCAUCAAGACCACCGACAUGGAGGCAGUCUACGAUAUGGGUAGCAAGAUGAUCGACGCCAUGACCAAGGAACGCGUUAUGGCAGGCGAUAUUAUCUCGAUAGACAAGUCUUCUGGAAAGAUCACCAAACUCGGCCGAUCGUAUGCCCGAUCUCGCGACUAUGAUGCCAUGGGUGUCGAUACCAAGUUCCUCCAGUGCCCCGAUGGAGAGCUCCAAAAGCGCAAGGAGGUUGUUCACACCGUCACACUACACGAGAUCGAUGUAAUCAACUCAAGAACCCAGGGCUUCCUUGCGCUCUUCUCCGGCGAUACUGGCGAGAUCCGCAGCGAGAUCCGAGACCAGAUUAACACAAAGGUCGGCGAGUGGAAGGAAGAGGGCAAGGCCGAGAUUGUUCCUGGCGUCUUGUUCAUUGAUGAAGUGCAUAUGCUCGAUAUCGAGUGCUUUUCGUACAUCAACCGAGCUCUCGAGGACGACCUUGCUCCUGUGGUCAUCAUGGCCAGCAACCGAGGCAACUCCCGCAUCCGCGGCACUGACUACCGCAGCCCUCACGGACUGCCUCUUGACUUCUUGGACCGAGUCGUUAUUAUCAACACACACGCAUACAACCCUGAGGAGAUCAAGCAGAUCCUGUCCAUCCGAGCCCAAGAAGAGGAGAUCGAUGUGCAUCCCGACGCUCUCGCCCUUCUCACAAAGAUCGGUCAGGAGGCAGGUCUCCGAUACGCCAGUAACCUCAUCAGCACCUCGCAACUUGUUUCUGCCAAGAGAAAAGCCAAGCAAGUCGAAGUCGGUGAUGUGCAACGCAGCUUCCAGCUCUUCUAUGAUCCCGCCCGCAGCGUCAAGUUCGUGGCUGAGUCAGAGAAGCGCCUGAUCGGCAACACAGGUGCAGUCGACUUCGCAGUAGGCGGAGCGGCCAGCAAUGGCGAUGAGAAAAUGGAUCUUAGUUAAUUAUAAUGGCGAUCACAGCCUGGCGUUAAAAGGGUAUUGGGUUGUGAAGAUGGUAGACAUGAAGUGAGAUGGACAUCUGUAUCAUAGUGAUUUGGGCGUAGAAUGGGAUAAUACAAAAAUCUUCAAACAGCACUCUAAAAAUUAGUUUUACUCUCUCUCUAC